AUGGCGUACCAUCACUCCCAGGGUGCUCAUGGGGCUUCCUGGUCACAAGAUAACGAUGGAAACCAGAGAGUGACAUCAUCCUCUCUGCCUCCAGUGAGUUCCAGUGGGGCCGAACAAGCAUUCGGAGCAACGUCUCCUUUGUCUGGCUUCCAGUCAUAUGGGCAAGGCUGGAACCAUGAGGCGGCUACGUAUUCCCAGCAGCCCAUUUCCUAUUAUCCGCACCCUGGUUAUCAACAGUCCGGUACAGCGGGCCAUAGUUUUCGCGGCCACAGUAGUUUCACUCCCAAUAGCGAUGCUGUAGCGGGUUCGCAGGAAAAUCUGGCGGGUAACUACACGCCAUCGCCAACCUAUCCCAACACCAAUUAUUAUGGUCCUCCCCAGACAGGUAGCUACCCGUCGGCUCCAGGAUACACUCCCCUUCAACCGCCUCGUCUGAAUACCUCAAUCGCUCCUGCCAUGACACCUUUCUCAAACUUUCCCAUUCACUUCCCCAACAGCGAGCGCUUCCGCUUCGCCUCCAAGUACCAUCCAUACAUCAUCGGCCGUUUCGCCUGGAGGAUCUCAGACCGACAACGAUUAUAG